CCCUGAAUGCGUGUCAAAUUGCAGGGCCUCUCACCCUCUUUGCUUCUUGAGGAAACUUGAUAAUAGUACAGCUAACCAUGUCUUUAAAUUCAUCUACGCUUUUCAAUGACGAAAACUCUCAAGGACCAAAAAGAAAUACUGAAUGCUUGGAAAGUCUAGAGUUGCAGACUCCAUCUUCGUUUCAAGAUAACCCACUUCAACAAUUACAGCUAGCAUCGCAGGAAGUACUUGAAAAGGCGAAAAAGAGUGGGAGAUCAAAAUGCCCCCGAUGCAGUAGCUCAAGGAUGUUUUAUUGUUAUACGUGCUUUGUUCCUGUUGAGACUGUCCCUACCAAAGAAAUUCCGACUGUGAAGUUACCUUUGAAGAUUGACAUUAUUAAACACCCAAAUGAAACAGAUGGCAAAAGCACUGCUGUACAUGCUAAGCUCCUGGCACCUGAUGAUGUUACAAUUUAUAAAUACCCUUGCAUUCCAGAAUAUGAAGAAAAAAGACAUGAAAUAGCACUUAUAUUUCCUGGCCCCAAUUCAGUUUCAGUAAAAGACAUUGCUUUCCAUCUCCAAAAGUACACUAAGAAAGGUAUUUAUGAUAAUGACGAUGACUGUUCCAGAGAACCAUUUCAUAAGCAAGCAAAAAUAGAAUCUAAAGAAGAAAAAAAUCUAGAUGAGUGCAUCUCAAGCAACGGGAGUGAAGACACUAGACUGAAGAAAAUUAUUUUUAUUGACAGUACCUGGAAUCAAACUAACAAAAUAAUAACCGAUGAACGACUUCAAGGGUUGCUGCAAAUUGAGUUGAAGACAAGGAAAACUUGCUUUUGGCGUCAUCAGAAGGGAAAGCCAGAUACAUAUCUUUCCACAAUAGAAGCAAUUUAUUAUUUCCUUGUGGACUAUCAUCAGGAGAUUUUGAAAGAGAACUACAAAGGACAAUAUGAUAAUCUGCUUUUUUUCUUUUCAUUUAUGUACACAUUGAUUAAAAAUGCCAAAUGUUGUGCAGGAAAAGAGUAAGAUGUCUGUCUAUAGGUAAGUAACUCUACAUUUUGUUUCUUUUGUAAUGAUAAACUGCACAAAUGUAACUUUUAUCUAACUGAAAUCUGCAAGUAGAUUGUACUCUUAAUAAUGGCUACAGUGUUUGACCUAAAGUAAGGUACAGACCUCAUGUCCUGCACGCUUGAGAUAGUAGAGCUACUCAGAUGAACACUGAUUAGAAUUACUUAUUUGAAAACAGUUAUGCUUUGCUAAUUAUGGCUGUGUUUGAACCUGAUACGCUCACCACAGUGAGAUUAUUUGCUGAAGUGGGGAUAAGACAGUUUGGCCCCUCUUGCCAUAAGGAGUAAUCUCUGUAACAGUAAAAAGGAAUUAGCAUGCUAGCUUAUUAUUAUUAUUACUUUGUUUCAGGUGUUUUCUUUGUGUUUUACCUCGUAAUACUGAUUUCACUGUCAUGACAUCAAAAUUUACUGAAAUUAGGAUGGUAUACAAUUUGGCAGGAGUAGGGUGCCAAUGCAAAAUGAAAGACCACAUUAAUUAAGUGAAUAGAAUGUGAAUUAUGUACUACCAAGGUUAAUUCUGGAAAACUGCCCUAGUAAUAGAAAAGAGCAUUCUCUUGAAACAUCCUUAUAUGGUGCAUGAUUUCUAUAGUGCCAUUCACAUACUGUUAUGUUAAGAUUAUUCUCAACUUCUCAGAUAAUUUUCGAUUUCUUCAAAGAGAGUGGGAGUAUAAUAUCAUUAUUAAUUUUGGGAACACUAACUUAACAAAUGUCACUGGCAUAUCAUAGACAGUAAAAUUUUGUAGAUGCCACAGACUUGUAUUCUAAGCAGCAGAAAGGGCUCGUUGCACUGUAGGAGUUGUAUGAAAAUGUCAAACUUUUUGCAGGACCUAAGACAAAGUAAUUUGCAGACAGGAGAAAGACGGAAAAUGGUGGUUCCAACCACAACACUUCUGACAAGACUUCCUUAAAUUAGGCAGACUAUGAAUCUGCUGUGUUUUCAAUUUUGCAGUAAUAGUGCAAAUUUGAACAGCAUAAAUAAGAAUUCAUCUGUGCUGGUGAAAUUUUUGCUGGUAUGUGUAGCGCUGCUGGCAGAAUCUUCACAUGUGAAUGUAAUUAUACAAGUGUCUUUGCCAAGCUAUACCAUGCAGCUAAUGCUGGCAGAAGUAAUAGACCUAAGCUAUAUCUUUACAAGCAGGGUUAUACGAAUAUAUUUUUAUCAUACUAGGAUGUUCUGCCAGAAAAAUACACGGUGGUAAAAAUUAUAGUCUUAAGGUAGAAAGAAAAUGUUUCAUUAGAGGUACAAUAUAAGAAGGACAAAUAUUUCUGAAUAUUCUCAGAAGUGUUACUUACAAAACUGAAUCUUGUUGAAGUAACAUAGAUUGAAAAGCAUGAGAGAUUAUUUUUUAACAAAAAUUCUGAAGAUUUUUCUGUAUUUUUUCCUCAGCAAAUCUGGCUAAUUUAUCACCUAUAGCAUACUGUCCAGCAGGGCACCCUCACAUCCUGGUGAACCCAGAAACUGUGUGUUUCAGUGCCUUGAAAAAAAUGUCAAGAAAAUCUUUUUACGCUUAACACAGCAAUACAUACAGGCUCAAACAACUGAUUUAUACUAUGUUUAAGGCUUCAAGAUACUAAAAUCAAAGUUAAUAUUGCUUAAAACAGAAGAUAGAAAUACACUCUCUCUGCAAGUCAUACUUAUCUCCAGAUCUGUAUGCUUAUCUGUACAAGUGAAUGCAUAUAAAAAUGCAUUUCAGUGGACAACCAAAACGCAUCUCCUCCAUUUACAAAAAUGCUAGUUAAGUUCCAUGAGUGCACAUUAAGUGUGCAUGAACUGUAACACCACCAUGAGAAACACAAGCUUGAAGUCAGACUGAGAAAGAUUGUUUUUAAAUAUAUAGAAUGGCACAGCUGUUAAGUAUGUUGUGAGUUCAUGUGCCAGGCAAUGAGAAAAAUCAGCAGUCGUGUCUCAGUGCUAUUGAAACAACACAUUUCUUACUCAUUUGGUUCUUAUUGCUAUUGAGAGGUUAUUUUGGCUUUUUACAAGGAUUAAUGCUAUUUCCUUUGGUAUGAAUUCUGAUAGUCUUUUGACAUUCCCAUCUGUUCUUUUAUUUCUUAAACAAAGAUUGCUGUAAUAUUUUUUUUAAAAAAAUCGCACAAGUAUAAGAGCUUGAGAAGGAAACUUUCACCCACUUUAAACAAACAAAAAUAAAAUGAACCCACUGACCUAAUGUUUUACAAGAACCAGAGAGAAAAAUCGGGGGGGAGGGGGAGUUACUUCCAAGACACAUUUCCCUGAAAACAUGUUUUUUUAUUUAAAAAGCAAAGGUCAGAUAAAAGCUUAUAUAAGCUGUUCUUUGUUACUUUUAGAAAACAGUUUCAUAAGGUUAAAAAUGGUUUCCAAAUUUAAGUUUUCUGUACCUCACUUUAUUUGAACAAUGGGAAUUAAGAAUCUAUUCCAAAAGUAAAUUAAUUUUAAUUCUCGGGUGAAAUCAAUGUACAGAAAAGAUUUUAGAUCUGGAACACUGUGUUCAGAUUCUUUUUCUUCCAGUGCAACCUCAGUGUAAUGCAAGAGUCAUUCUUACACUAAGUGACAGAGGCACAUCUAAUAUCCGUAAUUAAUCAUGGUUUGUUGAUGUUCCUGUGAUAACCUUUUAUGAGGGCAGGAAGGAGGUUAUUGUCACUUCUGCUGCAAAUCUGUUCUAUCUGAGCAGCAGAUGUUGUUCCCCUUUCUCUCUCAUCUCCUGCUCUCCCUUCUGUAACAAGAUUUAAAUCCUGUAUUUAAUUUCAGUACUGGUAUAAGAAGCCAAACCUAGCAAGUCAUCCUCCUUGCACUGAAAAUGUCUCAAUACUGCUGAUACAUUUUUCCAGCUUUGAGACUAAAGAAUAAUUUUGUUCCUCCAAAUGAAAGCAAUCAAGUGGUUAAUCCUUUCAAGCGCAAUUAGCAGCACUGACCUCCCUAUUCUUUAAAAUGAGGGUCACAGGGAGGUAAAGGCCAGUUCUGGGCCUUUUCUUUCAUAUCAGAAUACCCCUUCACUAACUAUCUCUUCUGUUUCCAAAAACAUCAGAGAGCAAGGGGGAAAACAGGCUUCUACUUCCAUUAGCAGUAACUUAAACAGCCAUAAGUUAAAGGGGGAGGAAAAGGAAGAGCAUCUCUAUCUAUCUACUUUCACAACAGAAGACAUCUGGCCUCCUGUGGGGAGGCCCCAGAUAACAAAGAACCUGUCAUUACAAACCUCCAAGAUGUGUUCAGAGAACCAUUUUACCUGCAGUCUGGCUCAUUCAUUUCCUGCCACUGAAGCCAUCUGCUUUUGCUUAUUGUGGGUAUUUUUGUUCUUCAUUUGGCCAGGAGUGUGAAGUGGCUUCACUUUAGCAUGCCUGUAUGCUUGGUCAGAGGGAGGAUUUAAUCCUUUUCUCAAAAUUAAUAAGAGAGGGAGCUGCAAAAAACAAUUCCUUUCCUGGAAGGUAGCACAAAAGUCAUCCAAGCCUAGGUUGAAUAAAGGGUCAUGUCAGUUCAUGGGGUAAAGAUACAUUGAGACUGAAGAGAUGGCAACUUGGAAUCUACAGCAGAACCUUCCAAAGCACUUGUAAUCUCACCUGAUUUAAAUCCUUUGCUACUGCUUCUUGCAAUUUUUUCUUUUUCAGUGUGAGUCCAUCUGGUUUUCUACAUAGGCUUCUUCAGCCCCAAUUGCAGAGUAAUGUAGCAAUCUGUUCUUGUUUUUUCUCUUGCACUGGUUUUCAGUAUUUUGCCUGAAUGCUUUAAAAAUCAGUCUGUCUUCAUAAAUGAUGGUCUUAGCAUCCUUACAUAAAACAAUGUGAUGUGAAAAUCCAUUCCACCUAUCCCUGUCUUUGGAAAUACCAAAAUAAGGAGGGGGAAAACUUCCUGUUAGUUUCCCAUCAUUUACUGUAACGCAGUUACAGCACUCCCAGGUGCCACUGACAUGUGUCUCAAAAGUAUUCCAGAAAGCUGCGCAUCAGCUGAAUUCAUCAAACUUGAUUUGCGACAUAAAAGCAGUGACUCUGUGACUGCAGCAAUGUUAAAACAGGAAAGCUUUUCCACUAAGAUGAAAAGAUCGUGUGGCAGUAAGAUGCUGAUCUAUUGAUUCCAGAAUAUGAGGUCACCCACUGAGGUACUGAACAACUCAACAUAAUUCCUGAACUGUUACCACUUUUCUCUUGAGACAUUAUUUUAGUAAAAUUCCAGUGCUGUCAUCAGUAAGAAUGCCGAUUUUGACUGGUGACACUUAGCAAUACCAACAUUCAAAGUAAGUGUUUAUAUGAAAAAUUUACAACAUUCUUCCUGUUCACUUGUUGGGAAAGAUAACACAGUGCUGCCAUUUUAUGGAUUCUGAAGAGAAAUCAGAUGCUGUAGAAUUUUGAAAGUAGUGUAUCACAUUAAACUUUAAAAACACUCAGUGGUGUGGUUCUUUACCAGUACCUGCUAGAAAAAAAAUUUGAAUGGUUCUUGAGUCCCACUGCAAGAGGUAGAAACGAUUUAUCUAAUGCAAGCCAUACUUUGUGAUUUCACCUCACUGAAAAUGGAAAUUUUUGUCUUAACCUUAGCAAUACUACUGCUGUUAUAAUAUUGAAAUCAGUUAUGAUUUUACUACUGACUUUUCAGACCACUGAUGUUACAAUAAGAGGUUUAGAAACCUACCACAGAAGAGUGAACAGAAGAGAAUGCUACACGCCAGUAUACCCAAGAUUGAGUCCCACUUGACCUAUGAUACUGUGUGCAUCACUUCCCUUACCUGUAAAGUCAAUUUCUGCCUCUGAAAAAAAUGUCUCUACAUAUGAAGCUGUGCCCAUAAGCCAGUUGAACUCAGCAUGAAAUCUAAAUGCUGAGUAUUAUUACUUCAAAGGUUCUGAUGGUAAAAUUUCUGCUUUUCCAACAUACGGCAGUAUGUGUACAUGUGUAAAUAUGAAUAAAUGUAUACCUCCCUCCUAGUGAUAAAUGCAUUAGGACACAAGGCAAAGGUUUUCUCCUAUGCUAUUUUGUCUUAGGGAACAUAAAGGCAAAAUCCAAGUGUGGUAUUGGAGUUUACAAAAUUAAAGAAUAAGCUGUUGUAUGUACAGAGCAAAUGUAUACUUUAGAUACAGACAUACAGCUGAGCCUGUUAAUGUACACAGAUGAGUAGUUUGACUAGGAAUUCAUUUGUUAAGUUUGGAUGCACUGUCCAGCAGAAGUGCUAUAUUAUCCCUCCAAACAAUACACUGGAACAACAAAUAAUAUUUCAUACCUUUUCACUAUUCUGAGCAUAGUGUAGUUCCCUACUUGUCUCAAAAGUAUCAUGUUUUCUUUGCAUCUCCGAGCAGUGCUGAAAUACUAGAUUUGUGGGGAAAAAAGUUAAGCACAUCCAUCCAAGCUUAAUAAGGCAUCCCGAAAGAGGCCAAAGGGGUAAACGGGUUAUUCCAAAACAAUUAAGAGUAAAACUGCAAAGAAAAAAUCAGCAAGUGCUGAACUAGACAAAUUCUGAGUCACCUGCACAGAGGAAAUGCCAUGGAUCAUGGUCCGCCAUUUGUUUAGCAGAGAAGAGGUGAAAGGAGCAAGAGCGCACCCACCCUGGCACUAAGGAAAAUGCAUUUGCCUCGAGUAAUUGUGUGCAUGAACACCUACAGUGAACAUGCACGCGUACAACCCUUGAUGGAAAAUUCCUAUUUUAUAUAAUGCAACAGGAUGUUUUCUUUGCUGUCUUUAGAUUACUCAGUGGAGAAUAAAAUAAUCAAACCAGAGUUAGUGUUUCUCUGCUGUUUUGGGUUUUUAUUACUAAUACGCAAUUAGUUUAUAAAUUCCUUGGUUUAUGCUAGUAGUUACUCUCUUUUAAUGUAAUUUUAUUACAAAAACCAGCAUGUAAACCUAUUAAUGUAACUGUAAAUUUUAUAAUACACCUUCUGCCCUACCAAACCAAGAUAAGACCUGGC